AUGUCCGACGUGUUCACCGUCUACCCUCCAAAGACAUUUCCAGGAAUGUCCGAGUCAACAUUUCUAUCGAGGUCCUUCUCGGAUCAAGGCGUGCGCAUAAGAAUACGCAAGGAACACCGGAUUCAGAUGAAGCGACCAACAUCCAGCAGACAUUCCGACGUCGCCGACGGUGAAGAUAAUGUGAAUGACGAUGAUGUUGAUAUGAGCGAAGUUUCGAGGAGAAAGAGGAGCAGGUGUUCUUCGACCCCUCCUGUCGAUCUGCGGUCCAUGGGUUCCCCCUACUAUCAACAAUCAUCACCGCCACUUCUCACAAAUGAUGGAAACGGCGGUGCGAAUUCAUUUUACCGUCCCCCACCACUACCACCAUCUAUUGAGAACAAUCCAUACGAACUUUCAUCUUCCUCCAGUCCACUUCUGCAUCGAAGAUCGCGGGAUUACGAGAGUACCUACUCGGAUUUUCGUCCGACGACUCCCGGUCUUUCGAUCAGUCCAUUACUUAUUCCCGACCAUUGCGUUCUCACCCUCCCUACAAGCCGCAAC